AUGUCCUGGAGGAACCUCUGCCGGGCCCUCGAGGAACCUCUGCCGGGCCCUCGAGGAACCUCUGCCGGGCCCUCGAGGGACCGCGGAGAGCCAGGCAAGAAGGCAGUUUGGUUGCGUCAUCCCUUACUCACUUAUGGGAUUCAGCAUGUCACUAUUUACUUUGGAAACUAUGGGGAACAAUAUGGGGACAAAUCCAAAAUGGCGGUUCCCGAGCGUUUCCUGGAGGUGUCCCAGGUCACUCUCCGUGAGUUCUUCAACGCCAUCGUCGCAGGGAAGGACGCAGACCCCUCGUGGAAGAAGGCCAUCUACAAAGUCAUCUGCAAACUGGACAGCGAGGUCCCGGAGGUCUUCAAGUCCCCCAACUGCCUACAAGAGCUCCUCCAUGACUGA